AUGGCAAUACGACUCCGUAGCACAUACACGGGACCCACCGAUUUCAUCCUCGAGUUUUUCCUGCCCCGUGAUUGCAAACGAGAUGAAGAACAAAAACAGAUCGGCACCUCGAUAAUUUCGAUGAUAAAACAUGUUUCUUGGAGCUUGCAUUUGAUAAACGAUGAAGAACUAGUGAAAGACAUGAAUACCCGUGAUGAAUCUUGGAUAUCCGAUAUGGUGGAAGCAGGGGAGAGGGGCGAAAAAGUCAUUUUGUCGAUGGGGUGUCAUAAGGAAGAUCCAGAAGAAGAAACAAAUACCCGACAUGAAUCUUGGAUAGCGGAUAUGAUUCAAGCCAGGGAGAGGGGCGAAAAGGUCAUUUUGUCCAUGGGGUGUCACAAGGAAGAACCGGAAGAAGAGUUUCAAGUGAUAAACCAAUUUUAUAACGGACUCGAAAAUCAAAAUUUUCUCGAGUGGGGAACCGGAACCGGAUCAAGAGGCCAAUCUAAACGGUCAAGCAUAAAGAAUCGGGUGAAGACAGAGAGGAACAUAAGUUUGCAAGAUCUCCAACAAUACUUUCCUGGGAGUCUUAAGGACGCUGCUAAGAGCAUUGGGGUGUGCCCCACUACGUUAAAACGGAUAUGCAGACAACACGGAAUCAUGAGAUGGCCAUCUCGAAAGAUCAAGAAAGUAAGCCAUUCUUUAAAGAAGCUUCAACUCGUCAUCGACUCCGUUCAAGGUGCUGAGGGGAUGAUCAAACUCGGAUCAUUCUAUACCAAUUUCCCAGACCUAAACUCCCCGAUUUCACCUACACCUAAACCAAAAGUUAACAAUCGGGUCAACCUCUUAAAAAAAUCCCAAACACCAUCCAAUUCUUCAUCUUCUUGCAGCCGUGAUUCAAGUAGUUCAUCGGGAAAUGCGUUUCCCAUGCAUACCGAAAACGUUCAAAAGAGAAAGUUACCUGUAAACCACAGCUACAACAACAUGAACGACUUGAUGUCAACACCAAAAGACAAACUAGUUGACGAUCAUCGGUUUGCAGAGGUUAUCCCACCAACACUGAAUGAUGAAACAAUUUUUAGAGUAAAAGCUACUUACGGUGAUGAGAAAAUUCGGUUCCGUAUGUCGAAAAAUUGGGGUUUUGGGGAUUUGCAUCGAGAGAUUUCCAAGCGGUUUAAUAUAUAUGAUAUGGGAAAUAUUAGGAUCGAGUAUAUAGAUGAUGACUCGGAAUGGGUACUUUUGGCAUGUGAUGAUGAUGUUGAGGAAUGCAUGGAUUUGCAUACAUCCACCAACAAUCAAACGAUUAAACUCGUUGUUCACCGGUCUACCCACCCGUCAUUCAUGUGGUAGUUUUUGCAUUUGGGCAGUAAUUUAUGUACUCGUAGGUAUCCCAUACGGGUGUUAUUAACCGUUGGGGCCUUUCGGUUGUUUUAGUAUAAAGUACAAAAGUUGCUCCUUGGUAGUUUAAAGUCUGAAUCCUUUUGUAUGAUACUCUAACUCUCAAUAAAAAUUGAGAUUGUAACGAGUAGAGGAUUUGAAUUGUAUCUAUAUUUUAAGCAAAAAUUCAAUGUGAGGUUGAGAUAUUUGUGAAAACAGAUUAUGUUGUCUUGGCUCAUGGUGC